AUGAAACGAAAUUUCACUACUUUAAUUCCAUUAUUUAUCAAGAGAUACAAAUUACCUCCAAGGCCAAAAUUUACUAAAGAGAUGGAAAGCGAAUGUGAAGAAAGUUUUCUACAUGGAGGGAGAGGGCCUGGUGGACAAAAGAUAAAUAAGUGUAACUCUAAAGUUCAAUUGAAACAUAUCCCUACUGGAAUAGUUGUGAGUUGUCAAUCCACUAGAUCAAGAGUCCAAAACCGAGUUAUAGCUAGGGAAAAGAUGGCUCUAGAGAUUGAAAGACACAGGAAUGGAGGUGGACUUACCGAGAGAGAAGAAGCUAUUAAAAAAUUAGCUAUACAAAAUAAGCGUUCAAAAGAUAAGAAGAGUCGACAGAGACAUUUAGAACAUAAAAAGGCAAAUGAGGAGAAAAUAAGACAGCAGCAACUAGAAGAGCAAGACAUUAUUUUAUCUAUGUUAAACGAUUAA